AUGGCGCCUGGCGCUGUAUCACCCGAGAGGGACGCAGGCCCUCUCCGUGCCUUGACCACCCACUUCGACGAUACGAUCCGUUUCUUCCUGAACGGCACGAGGGUGGUUCUGGACGAGAUUGAUCCUGAAGUGACACUCCUGGAGUACCUUCGAGGCAUCGGCCUGACCGGCACGAAGCUAGGAUGUGGUGAGGGCGGCUGCGGCGCCUGCACUGUUGUCAUCUCACAGUACAACCCUACAACAAAAUCCAUCUAUCAUGCGAGCGUCAACGCCUGUUUGGCACCACUCGCCAGCUUGGACGGCAAGCAUGUCAUCACGAUCGAGGGUAUCGGCAAUACGGAGGCUCCACACCCUGCUCAGGAGCGUGUGGCUAGGAGCAACGGAAGCCAGUGCGGCUUCUGCACACCCGGCAUCGUCAUGAGCCUAUACGCCUUAUUGCGGAACAACCAGUCACCGACCGACGACGACAUCGAGGAGGCCUUUGACGGUAAUCUUUGCAGGUGUACCGGCUACCGGCCGAUUCUCGACGCGGCACAGACGUUCAGCAGCUCCAAUGCUUGCGGCAAAGCCACUGCCAAGGGCGGCUCGGGAUGUUGUAUGGAGAAGGGGGAUGGUGAGAAGAGCGGCGGCUGCUGCAUGGAUAAGGCUGCGCUUGAUGACCAGCCCAUCAAGCGAUUCACGCCUCCUGGUUUCAUCGAGUACAACCCCGACACCGAGCUCAUCUUCCCACCGGCGCUCAAAAAGCACGAAAUGCGACCUCUGGCAUUCGGCAACAAGCGGAAAACAUGGUACCGUCCUGUGACUCUACAGCAGCUAUUGGGAGAUCAAGAUAUCCCCGUGUCGGUAUUUGUCGGAGAUAUCCCCAGAACUACAGCAAUUCGCACCGUCGGUACCCCUGCUGGCAAUCUAGUCACCGCGUCUCCCAUCUCCGAUCUGAACCCCGUCUUCUGGGCUGCCAACGCUGUCCUGGUGGCCAAAUCGCACACGAAGGAGACGGAAAUUCCCAUGGCCGAAUUCUUUACCGGGUACCGCCGCACUGCUCUGCCGCAGGACGCCAUCAUCGCGUCAAUCCGGAUCCCAGUAACGCAGCGCAAGGGGGAGUUCUUCCGUGCUUACAAGCAAGCCAAGCGCAAGGAUGACGAUAUUGCCAUUGUCACAGGUGCUCUCAGAAUCAAACUCGACGAUAGUGGUGUCGUUACCGACUGCAACAUCAUCUAUGGUGGCAUGGCUGCUAUGACGGUAGCUGCCAAAAAUGCCAUGGCUUACCUUGUCGGCAAGCGGCUGGCCGAGCUUGAGACACUCGAGGGCACGAUGAGUGCGCUUGGUACCGAUUUCGACCUGCAGUUCAGUGUCCCCGGUGGUAUGGCCUCAUAUCGCAAAGCCCUCGCCUUCAGCUUCUUCUACCGAUUCUAUCACGACGUCGUUACCAAUAUUGAUGGCCAGAACCAGCAUGUCGACAAGGAGGCCAUCGACGAGAUUGAGCGUAGCCUGUCGACGGGCUUUGAAGACAAAGACACGGCGGCCGCUUACGAACAGGAGACUGUCGGCAAGUCGAAGAACCAUGUGGCAGCACUGAAGCAGGUCACAGGAGAAGCUCAAUACACCGACGACACCCCCGCACUCAAGAACGAGCUCCACGGAUGUUUCGUGCUUUCCACAAAGGCACACGCCAAGAUCAAGUCGGUCGACUAUUCCGCUGCGCUCGAUAUUCCGGGCGUUGUUGAUUACAUUGACAAGAACGACAUUCCCACCCCAGAACUCAAUCGCUGGGGUGCGCCCAACUUUGAUGAGGUAUUCUUCGCCGAGGACAUGGUUUACACGGCUGGACAACCGAUCGCUAUGGUACUUGCAACAACUGCCCUUCGCGCGGCCGAGGCCGCUCGCGCUGUGAAGGUUGAGUACGAAGAACUGCCGCCCAUCCUCACAAUCGAGGAGGCCAUCGAGCAAGAGAGCUUUCACAAGUACUUCCGCGAGAUCAAGAAUGGAAACGCGGAAGAGGCAUUCAAGAACUGCGACCAUGUCUUCACUGGUACCGCGAGAAUGGGUGGCCAAGAGCACUUCUACCUAGAAACGCAGGCGGCGCUCGUAGUGCCUAAACUGGAAGACGGGGAAAUGGAGAUCUUCGCAAGCACGCAAAACCCCAACGAGACGCAAGUCUUUGCGGCGCGCAUGUGCGGCGUUCAGGCAAACAAGAUCAACGUCCGGGUCAAGCGACUCGGCGGUGGUUUCGGUGGCAAGGAAACACGAUCUAUCCAGCUCAGCACACCACUCGCCCUGGCGGCGAAGAAGACGAAGCGGCCUGUACGAUGCAUGCUCACGCGCGAAGAGGACAUGGUCACGUCAGGUCAGAGACAUCCCUUCCUGGGUCGGUGGAAGGUCGGCGUGAACAAGGACGGCAAGAUUCAGGCCUUGGACCUUGACGUUUUCAACAAUGCAGGGUGGACAUUUGACCUCAGCGCUGCCGUCUGCGAGCGAGCCAUGAGCCACUCCGACGGCUGCUACAAGAUCCCCAAUGUGCAUAUCCGAGGCCGUCUGUGCAAGACCAACACCAUGUCCAACACGGCCUUCCGUGGUUUCGGUGGACCGCAAGGCAUGUUCAUCGCUGAAACGUACAUGGAGGAGGUGGCCGAUCGCCUGGGCAUCCCGGCAGAGAGGUUCCGCGAGAUCAACUUCUACAAGCCGCUCGAGACGACACACUUCAAUCAAGCCCUCACUGACUGGCACGUGCCGCUGAUGUACGAGCAGGUGCAGCAAGAGUCUCACUACGAAUUAAGGAGGGCCAUGAUUACAGAAUUCAACGCGAGCAACAAGUGGCGCAAGCGAGGCCUUGCGCUCAUCCCAACGAAAUUCGGUAUCUCAUUCACUGCGCUCUUCCUCAACCAGGCAGGUGCCUUGGUCCAUAUCUACCAUGACGGCUCGGUUUUGGUGGCCCAUGGCGGCACAGAGAUGGGUCAGGGUCUGCACACCAAGAUGACGCAGAUCGCAGCGCAGGCUCUGCAAGUGCCGCUCGAUAACGUUUUCAUCUCGGAGACAGCCACCAACACGGUCGCCAAUGCUUCAUCAACCGCGGCGUCUGCCUCGUCUGAUCUCAACGGCUACGCCAUCCACAACGCUUGCCAGCAGCUCAACGAGCGCCUCGCCCCCUACCGAGAGAAGCUCGGUGCAAAGGCGACAAUGAAAGACCUUGCACAUGCGGCAUACUUUGACAGAGUCAACCUUUCGGCGCAAGGCUUUUACAAGACACCAGAGAUUGGCUACACCUGGGGCGAGAACCGCGGCAAGAUGUUCUUCUACUUCACCCAGGGCGUGGCGGCAGCCGAGGUCGAGAUCGACACGCUGACGGGCACCUCGACGUGCAUUCGGGCGGACAUCAAGAUGGACGUGGGCCAGUCGAUCAACCCAGCCAUCGACUAUGGCCAGAUCCAGGGCGCUUUCGUGCAGGGCAUGGGACUGUUCACGAUGGAGGAGUCACUGUGGCUGCGCAACGGGCCCAUGGCGGGCAACCUCUUUACGAGGGGUCCUGGCGCAUACAAGAUCCCAGGCUUCCGCGACAUUCCCCAAACAUUCAACGUGAGCCUGCUCAAAGACGUCGAAUGGAAGGACCUGCGCACGAUUCAGAGGAGCCGAGGCGUCGGAGAGCCGCCACUGUUCAUGGGCAGCGCUGUCUUCUUCGCCAUCCGAGACGGACUACGGGCGGCGAGGCGGCAGUACGGCGUCGAGGCAACGGUGGGCCAGGAUGCGAGCGACGACGGGCUUCUCAGGCUAGAGAGUCCGGCGACGCCCGAAAGGAUCCGGUUGAGCUGCGAGGACCCGAUCAUGCGGGCGGCGCGGGUGCUGCCGAAGGAGGGGGAGAAGAGCUUCUUCGUGGCGAUCUAA